AUGCCGCCAUCGACACGAGCAGGACAGACAGGAAGGGAGGAGAGAGAUGAUGAUCAAGCAGCCAUGACUGUGGGCAAUGGUUGGGAGGAGGGUUGGCUUACACAGGUGGUCAGGAUACUACAGUUGGCAAACCCGGUGCUGACAGCAGAGGAGGCAAUUGUACGGGCAAUGGGCCUUGUCAGCAUUAGCAUUCAAGCCCCAAGAGGGGAGGCAGAGAAGAUUCCCAAGGACAUCUCGAGUGCCAUUGCACACAUUAAGAAACUUAGUGACAACAACUGGCACACCUGGGAGCCCACCUUUAUUGACUGUUUGCAAUGGGUGCAUAAUGCAAAGGAAAUCUUAUACAGCGAAAUAGCACCUGGAAGCGAGGGAUAUGAUGAGGACCUGGACAAGGUGCUGGUAGGUCUUAUCCAUGCUUGCUGUGAUCACAGCCCAGAAAGCUGCAUCAACACAUACACCGUUAGGGGUGUGGAUGAGGAGGCCCAACUUGGAACGACUGACAGGGGGGAGCAAUCAGCAUACAACACCUGGAUUGUCGAUUCAGGUGCAACUCAUCAUAUGGUAAAUGAUGAGAGAAUGCUGCUCACCUCGAUGAGCAAGGAUGGUCAGAUCAGUAUGGCAGGGGAUGAAAAGCUUCAGGUAAAAGCCAUAGGAGAUGCCUCCCUUCGGGUUGGCGAGGCUACCAUCCAGCUAUUGGAUGUGCUCUAUGUGCCGAAGCUCAAUUCUAAUUUAUUGUCCAUACAAGGCUUGAUCAAGAAUGGUGCACGAGUAAUCUUUGAUGAGUUUGGAACUACCAUAAAGCAGAAUGACAGUACCCAAGUGCAAUUCAAGAAGAACAGGAAACAAGGCCGCUUCGAUGUGCAAGGACAAGCACUGGCUUUAGAGCUGGAAGAGACAAUCAACGACAUCCCAGAGGACAACCAGAACACAGGAAACUGA